GAAAAUGUGAGCGUGGUUUCCCCCUCUUGGAAGCCCCGGUGGCCCUUACGAAAUCGCGGGUGCUGGAGAUGCAGGAGAGCCAUGGAGAUGUCCUUUCCUCUGCAGCGGCCUCUCUCUGUGCAGCCAGCAGACUGCUGGAGAUGGCCUGAAGGAACAUCAGAAAACCCAGACUCCACGGCGGAGGUUCCUGCGAGACAGCAGCUGGGCUCCCGGGUCUUCCUCCUCCCAGAGUUUUCCCGUUUCCCCCUUGGGCCUUGUGGAUGUACCGGAAUAGGAGGAGCAGUUGACCUUCCGCGACGUGGCCGUUGACUUUUCUGCAGAUGAGUGGGAAUGCCUGGAGCCUGCUCAGCAGAGGCUGUACAGGGAUGUGAUGGUGGAGAACUACGGAAACCUGGUCUCUGUGGCUCUUUCUCAUCAUUGUACCCAGAGCUUUUCACCAGAACAGAUCCUAAAAUACUCCUUCACAAAAGUGACUCAUGGAAGUUGCGGCCUUAAGAGUUUAGACUUAAGGGAAGAGUGUGCAAAUGUUGAUGAGAAUAAAGGAACAGCAGCCUACCGUGGUAGACACAAGCAGUGUCUGCUCACAAGCAACACCAAAGAUGCCAUUGACAACAGAGAUCAAGAACAGAAAACAGCUCUGAAAAAAACUCGUGCUAGGCCAGAUACUUUUGAUGAGCCAUUUGUCUAUAACUGUAAAUACCCACAGGAAACUUUGCAGCAUGGCAUAACUUUAAUAGAAAGUUUGGAAGAUCUGAUAGAUAGAUUAAUGUUUCAUUCAAACAGUUCCUCGGACAAAGAAUUAAAAAACAGAGGACUGAUCUCUAAAAGUGAUCAAGUCGAGUCUUCCUAUCCUGAAAGAUCCUUACUCUUUAGUCAGCAAAUAGCUGUCUCCUGUGGCCAGAAGCACAAUUCUAAUGAUUGUGGAUUGCCUGCUACUGAUCCAUUAUUGCAUAGCCAAAAUCAAGAUACAGAUGUUUGGGAAACCCCUUACGUGUAUAAGGAAACUAGCAAAGAUUUCAGUAGUGGAACUUUACUAAAUAAUUGCAAUGAUGUGAUUAUCUUAGAGAAAUCUGGUCAGUGUAACAAAGCGUAUAAUGACUUUGAUCAUUGCUUGAGUCCCGACGAACAACAGUGUACUCUUCCAAAGCAGCUUUUUAAUUGUGAUGAUUUCUUUACUCAGUGUUCAAAGCUUACUAUCCAUCAGUGUAACUAUAUUCAAGAUAAUUGUUACAAGAGUGUAGAUUGUGACAAAAUGUUUAAUAAAACUUUAAAGGUUACUAAGCAUAGAAAUCAGCAUUCCCAGAAAUCCUACAAAUGUAAUGAGUGUGGCAAAGCCUUUAAAUAUUGCUCAAGUUACAGAAAACACAGAAUAGUUCAUACAGGAGAGAAACCUUACAAAUGUAAACUGUGCGGAAAAUCCUUUACCCAGUGUGCAAGCCUUAAAAAACAUCAGAGGAUCCACACUGGAGAGAAACCCUACAAAUGUGAAGAAUGUGGCAGAAGCUUUAACCACUACUCAAUUCUUGGUCAGCACCAGAGGAUUCACACAGGAGAGAAACCCUACAAGUGUAAACAGUGUGGGAAGUCCUUUACUCAGUGUUCCAGCCUUCAGAAACACCAAGUAAUCCACACUGGAGAGAAGCCCUACAGAUGUGCAGAAUGUGGCAAAUCCUUUACCCAAAACUCAACCCUUAGUCAGCACCAGAGAAUUCAUACUGGAGAGAAACCUUACAGUUGUGAACAGUGUGGAAAGGCCUUUACCCAAUGUUCAAGCCUUAGAAAACACCAGAGGAUCCACACUGGAGAGAAACCCUACAAAUGUGAAGAAUGUGGCAGAGCCUUUAACUGCCGUUCAUCUUUCACUAAACACAAGAGAAUUCACACAGGAGAGAAACCUUACAAGUGUAAAGACUGUGACAAAGCUUUUAUCCACUGCACCAACCUUAUUCAACACCGGAGAAUCCAUACAGGAGAGAAACCAUACAAAUGCAAUGAAUGUGGGAAAUCCUUUAGUCAAUGUUCAAACCUUAGAAAACAUGAGAGAAUUCAUACAUCAUGAGUAAAACUAACAUGUAAAGAAUCUAGUAAACCUUUUAUUCAUAGUCAAAAACUUGUGUAAUGUCCUAUAAUUCAACUGGGUUGAGUCCUACAGAGGCAGUGAAUGUAACAGUCUGACUGACUGUUACUUAUAAGUCACUAUCAGAGAAUUCUUCCUGGGGAGAAACCCUACAAGUGUGAACAAUGCCAGAUUCUUAAGGUUUAUAAUCCUUUACCAGACACCACAGAAUUCACUUUAAAAAGAAACACAAUUUUUUUUUUAAAGCAUGGAAAAAAUUUAAUUGUUGGCCAUCUCUUCCGAAAGUUUGAAUUCUCAGAUGAGACAAGAACUGGCAAAUGUGCAGAACCAGACAGUUCCUUAUAGCUGUUCAAUUUUUAGUAAACAGAAAUUCACACCCGAGACAAACCCUACAAGUGUAGAAAAAGUGACAGGCUUUUACCAUUUUGCACACCUUAACACCAGAGUUGAUACUGGAAUGGAACACUGCAAACAUACCUGUUUCAAAGCCUUUACAUCAAGGGACAAAGCUUUGUAAAGAGAACAUAGUAAAAAUUUCAAUUUUGUCCCAAGUGCGCGGCUCAAAGAACAGUACAAUGUUUAUAUUCUGUGCAAGCAUAAGAAGUGUAAUAGAGCCUUGGUCAAUAUAUAGGCUCUUAAUAUAAUUGAUAAUAAGAAGUCUACAAGUAUAAAUGUUCUAAAAACCUUUGGUUUUCUGCUUAAAAUUUACACUAUUAAUUGUUCUUGUGGAAACUGGCUCUUAAAGCUCUCAUGGAAUACUGUCAGCUCCCUCUCAAAACCUUGGAUUGUAUCAUGUAUUAAAAGUUUCUAAAUACGCUCAUGAAAA